CUUGCAGGUCGCAUUUGUAAUAAAAACAUAUAUGAAAUUAUUUGAAAAUUUAAUAAAAAAAAAAUAGAUGCUAUGCUUAAAAUGAGUUCGUGAGCCUUAAAUAAAGACAUUGCAGUUCCGGGUGGAAGACUCCUGAUAUAACUAUAUAUUGGCGGGAGAGUACUCCUAAAAAUCGUUAGCCUGAAGUAUUUAAAGUUUUAAACACUUUACCUCGCCACUGUACCUACCUCUGCGACGACGGGUAGCAGAUGUAGGUAUGCUAAGUGUACGUAUUAUAACUUUACGGUGUCAUGGUGGGGGUGAAAGGGAGCGGUAAAACGACGAAGAAGACGACGACGUGGUACGCUGGGCAAGUAUGUGUGCAGGUGAGCUCUGCAGUGCAGCGGGGAAAAUUAACAGAGCGGCUAGCCAAUGCGCGUGUUACUCAGAGAGUUUCGUUGGAUAAGACACGGUUUUCCAGUCACUGUAAUCUUUCGGUGUGAGCUGUACAGCACGCAUAUGUCAUUGACGAUCAAAAGCACCGUAUAAAACAACGGACCCACCGAUCGCAUGGACGCGGUCAAGCUGGAGGCCAAAUGGCCACCCGACAGGAAGUCCACCAUCGAAGCAUCCGAGUUUGGUAUCUACAAGGAGCCGUCCGACGGAAAACGCCUGCGCACCACUGACAAGGCCACCGGAUGUCUUCUGGUACUAUCCCUGAUCGCUGCGGCCGCUGUAGUGCUGUACUUCUCGUUCUAUGAUUAUACAGUUCCAACAACUCAAGGUGCGUCUACUGGACCAAUAGUUAAUUACGCAAAAUAUGUAAAAGAAAGAAAUACAAUGACUACUCAAAUGGUUAACCGUCCAACAGAUGGAUUACUGACCUCAGUUCUAGGUGUGCAAAAUGCCGAAAACUACACGGCACGUGCUUUGGCGGAUGACGUAGAUAUCACCAAGAGGUUUGACGACGGUAAAUUAGGAAACGGUAGGCACAUGCGUUUGUAUCCGCAGCUGGCAUCCCAACAUCCGGAGUAUUUAUCCUACGAUUCAAAUUAUUGGAGAACUGAUUUAAAUAAAAAUAGUAAGCUCGAAUAUACCGAUUCUAUAUACGGGUUCAAUCGGAGAUCGGACUUUCCACAAUUGGCGGCUUAUCGAGCGCCGUUCCCGCCAAAAAGCAUCUUGGACGUAAUGAAGUAUGUGACUGGGGCCCCUCAUAAGGCAAACAUUCCGGAAUACAUGAUAGCACAAGAAUCCAAACCUCAUCGGUACUAUCCUAUCCGACCGGCGGAAGAAGUCAACAGAUUCCUCCCGGAUGUAAAUACGCCAAGUGCCAAUUUGAGAAGAUUCCGCAACAAAUUUGGUCCGCCAGUAUUCUUGACACCACCUAUCAUGUCGUUCCCGGAUGACUUUAUGAAGCCACCUGACCUCGAUGCCCGUUAUUCGAUGGACUUCGAGAAUGACAUUCCUUUAGACCUUACACUACAAGAAGGAUCAGCUAGUGUACCGUCACAUACCGGCGUAAUAUUCCGUCCACCUUUUAACGACGGUUAUCCUGUACCAGACUCUCCAAAACCGAAAAAAGUUAAAAAUAAAAGAAAAAAGAAACCAAUAAGCGUAAUGUUAGACAUCUAUCCAUUAUCGGAUAGCGAACACGAAAAUGAACAAGCUGAAGAAGAAGAUGAAGAACGUCAUUCUGAGAUGAUUACUUCGUUAAAAAAUAAUGUUCUGCACUCAGAUUCAGAUAAAUUAUUGUUUAGUUUAAACUUAUUUCCGAAAUUCAGUGAAGGUGGACGUAGAAUUUCUAAAAACGUAAAGUACGAAGAACAAGAUGAUCAUAAGCCAAUUAUUCAUUUGACAACGCAUAAACCAUUACAAGUAGACAAAGGAGAAAACGACGAAGAUAAAAAACUAUUUGAAGAUGAAUAUUCGUCGGAAUCAAAAAAUAUAGCAAAUAUAUCAAAAACACAAUAGUGCAAAACUUAAGACUUGAACUAAAAUAAUUGCAUUAGGUACACAUAAUUAAUACAAAAAUUAUUUUAAUUUAUAAACUAUUAUUAUAAG